AGGAAACACAAGGCUCAGCGUCGUGUGGGGGCACGGAUGUUUUCCUAAGGUGGGCUACAAGAAACGCCGGCCUCAAAGGUGUGCGAGCAGACAAAAAGAGGAAAGCUCUUCCGAGAACUACGAUUGAUUUGAAUCAACAUGAUCCCAACACACGUGGCCUUUCUCGGCGCUGCCUCCUACGAGGCCGUCAGCUGCGUCACUGCAAACUUUCAAGCCUUCGUGACGGAUCUGAGUCACGAGGACUUGGACGUUGAGGAGAACCUGCAGGAAAUGGUUGAGCUCAUUUUCAAGAGGGCCGUGAAGAAACCAGACUCUGCUGCAGUCUUCGCGGAGCUGUGUCAACACCUCUCAGAAGUGGAGUUCCAGUCCUUGUCUGACUGGUCAGCCAGUGUCUCCUUCAGGUCUCUGCUGGUUAAACACUGCCAGGCAGAGUUCAUGAAGAACUUGGACAAGGAGGGCAUUCAUCAAAAGAGUUGGUCCUGCCUGAAGCCAGUCCAGGACGUGAGGGUCACCGACCGGCUGAGGGAAGAGCAACAGAACACCAAACCUUCCGGUCGCUUCCUCAAUAUGCUGAGGUUUAUUGGGGAGCUGUUCCUCUCCAAGGUGCUGGCAGAGAAAUCCAUGCACUGCUGCAUCAGGAGGCUGUUGCAGAAAGGAGACGGGCCGUCUCUUGAGGGCCUCUGUCAGCUCCUCCAGAUGAUCCAGCAGGACCUGGAGGUGGUGACGGAAAAGGAAGUGAUGGACACCUACUAUAACCAGCUGGACCAUAUGGCAGAGAAAGGGAAGAGGGCACCAAGGCUCUCCCUUUUGUUGAGGGAAACAGUGGAUGCCAGGAAGAUGGCAUACUCCACCCCCCACUAAGUUUUUAAUGAAAACUCAUGUGGGAAAUACAACUUAUACACUUAUACAACUUAUACAGUGAUAUUUGUAAAUGGACACUAACCCCCCACUGCAACCCCUGCUCCUACUCUGUAUAAUUUGCACUGGGUGACAUCAUGUCUGUACUCUGUUUGUGGUUUGUACUAUGUUGUCGACUAAUGAAUAAAAUGUUUUAAAUUUAA